AUGAAAAUUGCUGAUUAUAAUAGAAUGAAACACUUAUAUGAAUUUUAUGAGUUUUAUGAUGAACUCAGAUCAUCCUCACAUUGGAUGAAAGAAGAUACAUGUAAUAACCUUUCAUCUAAUUCUAUCAAUUAUAAUAGCGCUAUAGAGGAUUAUUAUAAGGAACAUCACGAUUUAUAUGAUAAAAUAAGUCAUGUUAAAGAUUUAAUUGAAACAUUUAUAAAGACACAUGAUUUAAAAUGUGAAGAAAAUGUAUAUUUCAGAACACAACGAAAAUAUCUCAAAGGGAAAUACGGAAAAUGCGUACAAGCUCUAAUGAAAAAGGAGAAAGGUUUCACGAAGAAAAAUCACUAUUGUCAGUGGAACAAGAAAAUACAAGAUAAAUAG